AUGGAAAAUGACAGACGUAUCACUCCUCCGUCUACUUAUAAUCUCUCAUCUGAGCCACCUAAUGGGACAACUCGUGAGGAACAAGUCCACAUGUUCAACACGGCAGUUAAAACAUACGAUUUAACUCGUACAGAUUCUCGAAGUCCUAGUAUUCACAGAGGCCGAUCAGAUCAUCUUCGAUCAAAUAUCUCCUGUGAGUCUAAUGAAGAACCGACCACUAGUGAAAAUAAUAUAACCCAGUUGAACCGCUGUUUUGAUGAUAUUGAGAGAUUUAUCGCCAGGAUUCGACAUGCUGAAGCUGCUGUCAAAGAACUGGAAAGAAGACAGAAAAAAAGAAAAAACAAAAACAAAGAUCUUGGAGAUGGAAUGUUGAGCAUGAGGACCAAACCUCCCAGUGUACAGGAAUUUCUUGACAUUUUUCAAACAUUUAAGCUGUCAUUCAAUCUUUUGGGAAAACUGAAGAACCAUAUACAUGACCCAGAUGCACCUGGAAUGGUCCACUUUUUGUUUCCUCCACUAUCCGUAAUUGUGGACGCUGCAAGAGAAGCUAAUCAUGGACACAAUCUUGCUGCCAAAGUAGUAAUUCCUCCGAUAACAGGAGAAGCCGUACAUUUACUUGAGGACUGUUGCACCCCAACAGAAAGAGACUUGUGGUAUAGUUUAGGUGACACAUGGAUUCUUCCACAAAAAAGGUGGAACGACUCUAGAGAAGACGUUUAUCCAGAACUGGCAGAUGGGUGGGGAUCAGAGUUUGUUUUUGAGGAGGACGGAUGGAGAUCUGAAGUUAGUGGCCCAGCAGCUCCCUCUGCUGAUCAGAUAAUUCGUCAAAACGAAUUAAAACGAGGCUCAGAAGAAUUUCACGAACUUCGCAGACCCCUAGUUAUGACGUCAGAUCCAGUACGUUCGUACGAUGAUGGUAAUUUCUUUAGAAGUGAGCACGAACCUCAAUAUUCGGUAUAUAAUACUAGUCAUCAUCCGUACAGAGAGGGAUCUUCUCAGCGAGACUUCAGAUAUGUUAGGUCUAACGAAAGCACUGAUUCCAUUGUACAAACUGGUGAACCUCAGCCGUCACUUGAAAGACAUCAAAAUCAAUGGCUGGAAGAACUUACAUCCAGUGGAACCAAGAUAGUCGUUGUGCUUUCUUCACGUACUGCGAACAACGAUAAAGAGUUGUCUGUGUUGAGGGGGGACAUAUUGAAAGUUAUUGAUGACAGCAGAAAGUGGUGGAGAGUAAGAAAUUACCGUAACGAAAUGGGGUACGUCCCCCACACCAUCGUCACUUCAUAUCAGGAUGUGGUGCGUGAAAUAGAAACAGUAAGCCAUAGUUUCAAUCGAAGCGGAACAUCCAUAAACAGCCAGGCAGAACAAGAUAAGUUCGAAGAAGGAGAUCCUGGUUCAAGACAUUAUUAUGGUCCUCAAAAACCCAUCCCUCCUCCAGCACAAGCUGAUUGGGUUCAGAAAGAACGGAGAGAUAUCUGUACUAAUACAUCACCAGCUUCCUCUGUAGUGGAAGAUCUACAUACGAGUAAAGAUGGCAGUACCAGCACAUUUCCUAUCAUUACGACAGCACCAUUAAAAGGACGAG